AUGGACGGAUCAUCCAACAAACAAGUCGGAGGGGCCGGCAUCGUGCUACUAUCACCUAAAGGAGAUACAAUUGAAUGUAUGGUCCAUCUUGACUUCCCCGCUACCAACAAUGAAUCAGAGUAUGAAGCAUUAAUAGCAAGACUCAACCUCGCCAAAGCAGCAGGAGCCACAAGGGUAGUCAUCUACUGCGACUCUCAAGUCAUUACUAACCAAAUAAAUGGAGACUACGAGUGCAAGGGCGAAAGGAUGAAAAGGUACCUUGAUCAAGUAAGGGCGAGAGUGGAUGACCUAGAAGCGAAAAUUGUCCAAAUUCCUAGAGGAGAAAAUGAGCAAGCCGAUCGCCUCGCAAAGGCCACUUCAGCAGAACAUAUGGUCAUCCCUGGUAAUGUACUCUCUUUUGUUCAGCUUUCUCCAUUAAUAGAUCCCAGCAACAUGCAGGAAAUAGGCUCUGACAGUAGCUGGACCACGCCGUUAGUUUCAUACUUAAAAGACGGGGUCUUACUAGAAGGAAAGGAGGCUGCAAGAAAACUGAAGGUCCAGGCGGCAAGGUUCGUCCUAAUAAAAGACGUCCUGUACAAAAGAGGCUUCUCCCGACCAUAUCUAAGAUGCUUGGGUACGGAAGAAGCAGAAUACGUCAUGAGAGAGGUACAUGAAGGAAUCUGCGGAAACCAUUCAUGGUCUAAAUCAUUGGUACACAAGCUUGUGCGAGCAAGGUACUAUUGGCCCACCAUGCAGAAGGACGCCGAAACUUAUGUCAGGACCUAUGACAAAUGCCAAAGGUUCAACAAUAUUAUUAGACAACCAACCAAAGAGCUGACCCCGAUGCCGGCCCCAUGGCCGUUUGCACAAUGGGGGUUAGAUAUUAUGGGACCAUUCCUUAUAGCAAUACGACAGCUGAAGUUCUUAGUGGUGGGCAUUGACUACUUUACAAAAUGGGUGGAAGCUGAAAUUUUGGCCACCAUUACGGAGAAGAACGUACGAAACUUUGUCUGGAGAUGCAUCAUAUGUAGGUUUGGCAUUCCUAGAGUCUUUGUCUUGGACAACGAGAGGCAAUUCGACAACGAUUCCUUCCAAGAUUUUUGCUCAUAG